AUGCCUAUCGAUGGGGGACAUGGCAAUUUAUCCUUUGGUUCGACGGGCCAGCCUAAGGGGCUUCAGUACCUAAAUGAAGACUUUGUUCCGAGAAACUUGGCCGAUGAUGCCCAAUAUGAACUGGAAGACGACACGGAUUUCCACUCCCACUACUCAGAAAGGCGCUCUUCGUCCCCAUCGACCUCUAGUCUAGAAGACUUGGAAGAUGCUGCUUUGCUAGACAGCGAGAUCGCAAUGCGAUCAUCGUUAUUUCCGUCCAAUUCUUCCAUCCAUGGCCCCAACGCAUUUGCUCCUCCCUUCUACAAUCGCCCGCCUACUCCGCUGCCACCUUCUCCCUCUCUAACAUCUCUUCUACGACCAUCCUUUUCUACUACCACAUCGCGUCCUACAACCCCGGAUAGCUCUGACGCUGAGACCCCGAAUGAUACAGAGGCUGCAGUAGCGCGGUCUGCACGUACCGCAAUUGCAGUACCGCGUGCCAGUCCUAAGGUGCCUACGUAUGAGUACUACGGAUUUGUACUUUAUCUUGCUUCGUCGCUGGCUUUCGUUAUAUAUCUGCUGUGGUCAUAUCUCCCCUCGCCAUUCCUUCACCAGCUAGGGAUUUAUUACUAUCCUAAUCGCUGGUGGUCACUUGCGAUUCCAUCUUUCCUCGUGACCACUAUAAUUUACAUUUACGUUGCAUUGUCCUCUUAUAAUACCGGCUACCUUACUCUGCCUAUGAGUAGUAUCGAAAACAUCGUUGACGACGUGGCAAACAUUGCAGUUAUCGAUAGUAAAGGCAGGAGACGCCCCGGUGGUUCAGAGAAAAUGAAUCCCCAUGCUGCUACGGCACAAACCAUGGGGUCCCAGAAGAGAAAACUGGAAUGGAAGUAUAUUUGGAGUGAAGGAACAGACGCCGUGAUGGAUAUACCGGUUGGUGGAGUGUGCGAAGUGCUUUACGGAUCGGAAGAGCUCAAUGAUCAUGAAGCUGAAAGGUUCAAUGCCGCCUAUCCGAGCACGAUACCUUCCCAUCUGGAAGGUGAUUGA